AUGUGGCCCCCCGUCGCUCCCCCAUCGCUCCACCGCCGCUCUCCCGCCGCUCCCUUGCUCCCUCGCUCCCCAGCUCUUUUUGAGGCCACCGCUGGGAAAACACUCACGGCAGGAGCGGAGGAACAGGACUCUUCACGCGCCGUAAUAAAGAUGCCAUCUGACAGAUCCUGCUGUCGAACCGCCGCUCCGUGCACCACUGCCGGCGCUCCCUCUCCUGUGUUUUGUUCUAUUUGA